UCCAUGUUCUGGGCUGUCGGUGCAGGAGCUUGUUGAGUCUUUAGACCACGUUGUGUCCCUGCAUAACUUCAAUCCAUAGCUGUGGUCCUGGAGUGACCAGGCAGGAGAUCUGGGCUCUUCACAAUAUCUGAGUGCUUAUGCACUGUGCCAUUUUUCUCCUGGCUUCUGAAACCACAGGCAGACUUCAGAGCUCUGGACUAUGUUGCAUCCUGUGCUGCUGUGAAUAUGCCUGAAGAGAUGGUCUUUGUUCCCCUGAAGUAUAUGUAGGGAGGCAGAGGAAACCCUUGAUUGCUUACACAGCCACAUCUCUACAGAGUGAUGAGAGCUGAGAUCCACAGCGGGGGCAUCUCAGCCUGCCCCAAAAUGUUUGGGGUAUCACUGAGUUCCAGACAUGAUCUGUCUGUUUGGGCCUCAGGGCGGUCUGUCCAUCCUCUAUGCCUUGUCACUAUGCAAGUUCACUUGUGUUCAUCUACCCACAGAGACUGCUAUGGAGCCAUCAUCCCACCCAACCCUCCUCACCAAGAAAGAGGUGAGGAAGGAAAUGGAGAGGCUGACCACGGAGCUGAAGCUAAUGACCAGUCAAAGAAAUGAGCUACGGGAUCACCUGAUCUUUGUCACUGAAGGAACCAUGGACAAUAGGUAUCCAUUGUUUCAGACUCCAGGGCAUGUCCUCAAUGUCACCCUCACCUUCUUCCUUUCAAGGUCUUGGUCUCUACCACAAGCCAAAUUCUGUAAGAAACUGAAGUUGGAGCAUAAAGAGAUCAUGUCAAAAUUAAAGAGCUUGCAGAAUGAGAACACUGAGUCCUCAGAGAAGUUCAGUGAUCUGACCAAGGAGAGUCUUCUGUCGGUAAGCUGGGGUGACAGGAGGAGGCUGGCAGGGCCUUAUUAUGCCGUGCGUGUCUCCAGUGGUCUGCACAGCCGGCUCCUGAUGGAACAGACUCAGCUGGAGAAGAAGGUGGGCAUGCUGAGGCAGGAGAACAACAAACUAAUGGAGGAUUGGAUCCUGCUGAAGCACCAUUCCAAGGACUUGAAAUUGAUCUGUAAGGACCAAGAGGAAGAGACCAGUGACCUCCAAACCCAACAACAACAGGUAGGGGCAGACACCCACCUCAUGCCAUCUGAGGUGUUCACUUCAGUGGCCAUGCACAAGUCCAGAAAACUUCAGCUGGAACAGGCCACAGCCCAGGAUGAGGGCCCCUCGCAGAGGGGGGCUCUACAGCAAGAGCCACCUGCUGAGUCCCAUUCCCAGCAACUGCUGAAAUCUGGGGAUGAAGUUUCUUCUUCAGAUUUGGUUUCCAUUGUGGAAUAG